AUGCGGAACGGGGAGGAGGAGGGUGCCGAGGAAGGAAGAGGCCAGGGGGAGGAGAAGAGAGGAGGAGGAGGAGGAGGAAGAGCUGGGAAUGGGCCGAUGCCGCUCAUGGGGCUGAAUCACAUCUCCAGGCUCUGCAAAUCGGUGGAGGCCUCCAUCGACUUCUACACCAAGCUCCUGGGCUUCGUCCUCGUCGAGCGGCCGCCAGCGUUCGAGAGCUUCACCGGGGCGUGGUCAGCUCUCGGCGCCGCUUCCCCUUUUCCGCUGCUUAUAGACUCCUGCUGCUGCUGAUCCUCCCUCCUCCCCUCGCAGGCUGUACAACUACGGCGUCGGCAUACACCUGGUGCAGAAGCAGGAACAAGGACAGCACUCCCACGUCGACCCGUCGCCGGAGAAGCUCGAACCCAUGGAUAAUCACAUCUCCUUCCAGGUGGGCUCUCUCUCUCUCUCUCUCUCUCUAUCUCUCUCUCUCUCGCUACCUAAUCUAUCUAUCUAUCUAUCUCUUUGUGUGUUGUGCUGGGUAGUGCGAGGACAUGGAGGCGAUCGAGGAGAGAUUGAAGGAGAGGAAGAUCGAGUACCUGAAGAGGACGGUGGACGGGGAGGAGGGGUCGGCCGUGGACCAGCUCUUCUUCAAGGACCCGGACGGCUUCAUGAUCGAGAUAUGCAACUGCGAGAACCUCAAGCUCGUCCCGGCGGGGCCUCCCGGGUGGAUCCGACCUCCCCGCGGCCGCCGAAGCCCUCCCGUUCUCUCUGAUCAUCCUGGGGAUUCUUCGUAG